CCGUCACUUCGUAUUAUUACUCAUAAUAUUAACGCUUAUGUACGUAUAAGGUUCAAGUGAACUGCAUGUCUCAUAUAAAUUUUAUAGGCUCUGUGAUAUAUUGAUAUAGGAAAGAAACUUACAUUUCGCAGAAUUAAUUUACCUACAAAACAUAGUAUAUAAACCAUCCAAAUUCUUAUAAUUGACUGCGUGCAAGUACCUUGUGUACACAAAGAUUUCACCGAAAUAUGAAACAUAAAAUCAGUAAAUAUAAACAAAACCACAAAAUAACUACAAAAAAUCAGCAUCUCAAACCAUAUCAAAUUUAUAUGCACAAUCGGAGAAUAAGCUCAAAGCGAUCAUCGUGGCUUAUUCUUUGAAAAAGCAACAUGUCACAUUUACCAAACCCGCUAUAUGGUUUCGCAAUUUGUCUACUUGUGUUCUGGUGUGGAACUUGGUGUGUUCAUCUUUUGGCCAUUUGCUACGGAAAAUUUAAACUUCACAAGAAAUCGUGCAAUUAUCCAAAUGAAACCCCGCUGCCUGCAGUAUCUAUUCUAAAACCACUCAUGGGAACUGACCCAAAUUUGGAGCAUAAUCUUGAGUCAUUUUUUAAAAUGGAUUACCCAAUGUAUGAGUUGUUAUUUUGUAUAGAAGAUAGCGUUGACCCAGCUAUUAAUAUUGUACAAAGUUUAAUGACGAAAUAUCCUCAAGUGGACGCCUCAUUGUACAUGGGUGGUUCGAAGGUUGGUAUUAAUCCAAAAAUUAAUAAUAUGCAGCCUGGUUAUGCAGCUGCUAAAUAUGAGCUGAUUAUGAUAUCGGAUAGCGGCAUUAAAAUGAAGAAUGAUACUCUCCUUGAUAUGGUAAAUAAUAUGACAGACAAGUAUGCGCUUGUACAUCAAAUGCCGUUUACAUGCGACCGCGAAGGCUUUGCUGCUACUUUUGAAAAGAUAUUUUUCGGUACAGUACAGUCUCGAAUUUACUUAUCUGCUGAUAUUUUAGGCAUCAAUUGCCAUACUGGAAUGUCUUGUUUGCUACGAAAAUCAGUAAUUGAUGAACUAGGCGGAUUAAAAACAUUUGGAUGUUAUUUAGCUGAAGAUUUCUUUAUCGCUAAAGCAAUACGGGAUAAAGGAUGGAAAAUGCAUAUAAGUAAUCAACCCGCAUUGCAGAAUAGUGGCAUAUGUGAUAUAAACAGUUUCCAAGAACGCCUCAUACGCUGGGCGAAAUUGCGCGUGGCCAUGGUACCGACAACAAUACUGCUAGAACCGCUCUCUGAAUGCAUGGUAUUGGGCGCCUUAGCCUCGUGGUCGGCGUCGCUAUUAUUCAAUUGGGAUCCAUUAGUAUUUUACUUAGUGCAUGUACUCACGUGGUUUCUAUCAGAUUGGAUAUUACUCUCCAUAGUGCAGAACGGUUCACUAUCGUUUCACAAGUUUGAGUUCGUUAUUGGUUGGCUGUUUAGAGAGAUAAGUGGUCCUUACUUAUUUCUGCAUGCGCUUUGGAAUCCAGCUAUCAGAUGGCGAAAACGAACUUACAAACUUCAAUGGGGUGGAGUCGCUUACGAAUUACCGUCAAGUAAUACAAAUAUGAGUACAAAACGUUUAUUAGUAUCAUAGCAUAAGUUGUCGAUGCCAAAAUAUCAGCAUGCUUAUUUCAAAACGCUAAAGGGCAAUAAAAAUGCUUGUUUUUGUAAAGCUGGGCGCGCUUGUUUAGGGAUAGCAUUGAUUUAAGGUGUGUUUUGGUAAAUAAUUACUUCUGUAAGAAAAUGUAUGAAGUGUUAGUAUAAGUAGUCUAGUCGUAAAUUUUAUAAUUUAUGUAAUAAUGAAAUGUAUCAUAUUAAUUAUUAACGCUAAAAAAACAAAGCAUAUCAUUCUUAAAAAUGCUAUAAAGAAAUAGUGUAUCAGUUAAAAUUAUAUUCAAUUGAGAAAAUUCAUAAGUCAAUGUAUAAUACAAACAUGGCUCUGUGUCAUCUUGUUUUGUAUUUGUA